AUGCAUCCAGACAGACAGGCAGACAAGAACGAAAAAGGCCAAUCACGCUCCUCGGAGGUGAAAAUCAAAAUAUGCAAGCGAACAGAAGAACAAAAAAACAGAGGCCCAACAAAUAUGGGGAAUGAGUUCGAACGAAACAUUGAAAAGCAAGAAGAGAAGAAGAGAAGACGAUGGGUCGUGCAUAAACAAGAUAAAACACGACACGACACGACAAACAUCAAUCAGACAGACAGACAGGCAUGCAUGCAACCAGGCGGGACUUCAAACUUCAAAAAAGGAAAAGGAAAAGAUGAUACCACGAAGACGCAAGACGAAGAGAAAAAUAAUACGAAGAACCAAUCGAUAUAUGCGAACGGAGAUGGAACUAGACAUGGGAAGAAUCGAAUCGAGGAAAGGAUGGCAGACAGGCGGAAAAAAAAAGAGAAAAUCAAAUCGCAAUGGAUGGAUAGACGGAUUAUUCAGUCAAUUGAUUGGGAUGGUGAUGGGAUGAUUUGUUAUGCGUAUAACCAAAGGAAAAGAAACGAGAGAGAGAAACGGAGAGAGAAACAGAGAGAGAAACAGAAAGAGAAACAGAGAGAGAAACAGAGAGAGAGAAAAUGA